CUACAGCUGAUAAAGGAAAUGAUACUACAACUGAUGAAGGAAAUGAUACUACAGCUGAUGAAGACAAUGAUACUACAGCUGAUAAAGGAAAUGAUACUACAGCUGAUAAAGGAAAUGAUACUAUAGCUGAUAAAGGAAAUGAUACUACAGCUGAUAAAGGAAAUGAUACUAUAGCUGAUAAAGGAAAUGAUACUAUAGCUGAUAAAGGAAAUGAUACUACAGCUGAUAAAGGAAAUGAUACUACAGCUGAUGAAGGAAAUGAUACUACAGCUGAUGAAGGAAAAGAGCAGGUGCAGGACCAUGCAAAUAAAGUUAAAGUCAAUGAGCACGGGAUGAGUAAAGAUGAUGAACCUGAAGAAACCUACCGACUCUCUCCUAAUCAAACACUUAGAACUCUGUUGGUUGGGGAAGAGGAAGAAACUAGGAUUGAUGAGGAAACUACAACUUGGGAUCCUGAAGAUACCACUUACUGGUUCAACCACGACACUAGCGACAGUGGCCAAACUUGGAACUAUGCUGGAAGAGCUGAAAUACCUAUAUGGGUUCUUGUAAUCGUAUCCUUCUUGCUCUCCUCUGGCUUCAUCCUUUAUAUGAAGGUUUUUCAGCCCGAAGCAUGGAACAAGAUGGCCGCAUGUUGUAAAUCUGGGAAAUUAUUUUCCAAACCAAAUGUAUCCACGAGGGAUCUCAGGAGGUGGCGUUGUCCAAAGAUGGCCGCUCCUUCAUCAAGUUGUAUGAGUAAAAGAGGAACUUGUUGGAAAGGAAUCUGUUGCGUCUCUAGUUCAAGACGAACUAACGACAUGUGCUUCCUGUGUUUGAACGAUGUACCGAACAAGGAAUGGGAAACACAUAGAAGAGUUUGUGCACUCCGCAAUCAGGAUAAACUUGACAAUCUGUCUUCACCCUCUCCAGUACCUUGCUUCAGAUGCAAUAAAUUCCUGCGGGCCCUUCCCUCCUACCCAGUAACUUCUUUCAUCUGUGAUAGAGAAGGGUGUGUGCACAAAGGACAACAUUUAAAUACAAAAACAUAUAACAGAUAUAAUUGUUAUCUGUGUGAUUUUGAUCUGUGUUCUGAUUGUGUGAACUGUAUACUGGAGAAUACAGGAAACCAGGAAAGAAAAAGUGAGAAGAGUGUAGACGAGGUUGAAAUAGUCUCAAUACAUCAUCAAACCAGGGAAAUUGAAUAUGUAGAAGACGACAUUCCAGACUCGUCAUUGGCGUAUCUGACACCGAAUGAUUCUGAGUCUAGUUCUACCCGACAAACAAGGAAAGUUUCCAAGAAAACCUCAACUUGCUCCGUUGAGAUAGGAAUUCAGACAACAGCAUUCCCACAUUAUAGAACCACUUCAUUCCCACAGUAGAUCUUCUUCAUUCCCACAUUAUAGAACCACUUCACUCCCACAGUAGAUCUUUUUCAUUCCCGUACAUUAUAGAACCACUUCAUUUCCACAGUAUAAACCACUUCAUUCCCACAGUAGAUCUUCUUCAUUCCCACAGAGGAUCUUCUUCAUUCCCACACUAUAUAACCACUUCAUUCUAACAGUAGAUCUUCUUCAUUCCCACAUUAUAGAACCACUUCAUUCCCACAGUAAAUGUUCUUCAUUCCCACAUUAUGAACCCUCCUCCCUAUUUAACUGUUCGGGUGGGCAUCGUAUAGGGUUUCUUGACGUUUGAAAUGCUCCAAGAAGAUGAAGUGUGUGAUUGAACACAUCGCAAAAACAUUUUAUGACGGAAAACGAAAAACGCUUUUAAUAAUCGUUUUGGUGAAUAUCUUUGAUCAGAGUAAAAUCGUUGAAUGUAACAAAAGCAAUUUUUAAAUAGAAUUUACAUCUUAGAUUCUUAUAAAGCCUCUGAAAAGUAUAAGAAAUGUUAAAUAUUUAAAAACGGAUCUCUGAAACGAUGCCUAUUUAAAUGGUACACACUGUAUCCUCUGCCUUCUUUCUCCUUUAAAGCUGUGUACGUCAAUAAGUUAAGAUAAUAAGUUCGUAAUUUGUAAAUAUCUGCAUAGUUAAAUGUUCAAACAUUUCUUGAAAUCACCAGCAAGUUCAAACUCAGAAUCUUCCAUCAAUGUGCACAAAAAGGGGGGGGCCACAAAACGUAUUACUCUCCGGAAACUUUAAACAGUGGUUAAACAUAACUUAGAAUU